AUGGCUGCCCCCGCUCAGAAGUUCAAGGUCGCCGACAUCUCCCUGGCCGCCUUCGGUCGCCGCGAGAUCGAGCUCGCCGAGAUUGAGAUGCCCGGUCUCAUGGCCAUCCGCCGCAGAUACGCUGCCGACCAGCCUCUGAACGGUGCCCGCAUUGCCGGUUGCCUGCACAUGACCAUCCAGACUGCCGUCCUCAUCGAGACCCUCGUUGCCCUCGGUGCUGAGGUCACCUGGACCAGCUGCAACAUCUUCUCCACCCAGGACCACGCCGCUGCCGCCAUUGCCGCCGCCGGUGUCCCUGUCUUCGCCUGGAAGGGUGAGACCGAGGAGGAGUACAACUGGUGCUUGGAGCAGCAGCUCAACUCUUUCAAGGAUGGCCAGAAGCUCAACCUCAUCCUCGACGACGGUGGUGACUUGACCUCCCUCGUCCACCAGAAGUACCCCGAGCAGCUCAAGGGUUGCUACGGUCUGUCUGAGGAGACCACCACCGGUGUCCACCACCUGUACCGCAUGCUCAAGGAGGGCAAGCUCCUCGUCCCCGCCAUCAACGUCAACGACUCGGUCACCAAGUCCAAGUUCGACAACCUGUACGGUUGCCGUGAGUCCCUUAUCGAUGGUAUCAAGCGCGCCACCGAUGUCAUGAUCGCCGGUAAGGUUGCCGUCGUUGCCGGUUACGGUGAUGUCGGUAAGGGUUGCUCCGACGCCCUCCGCAGCAUGGGUGCCCGCGUCCUGGUCACCGAGAUCGACCCCAUCAAUGCCCUCCAGGCUGCCGUCCAGGGCUACGAGGUCACCACCAUGGAGGAGGCUGCUCCCCAGGGUCAGAUCUUCGUCACCACCACCGGUUGCCGUGACAUUCUCGUUGGCAAGCACUUUGAGGUGAUGCGCAACGACGCCAUUGUUUGCAACAUCGGUCACUUCGACAUUGAGAUCGACGUUGCCUGGCUCAAGGCCAACGCCAAGUCGGUCCAGAACAUCAAGCCCCAGGUCGACCGCUACACCAUGGCCAACGGCCGCAACAUCAUUCUGUUGGCUGAGGGCCGUCUCGUCAACCUUGGCUGUGCCACCGGCCACUCUUCCUUCGUCAUGUCCUGCUCUUUCUCCAACCAGGUCCUUGCCCAGAUUGCUCUGUUCAAGGCCGAGGACGUUGCCUUUGGCAAGAAGUACGUUGAAUUCGGCACCUCGGGCAAGAAGCCCGUCGGUGUCUACGUUCUGCCCAAGGUGCUCGAUGAGCAGGUUGCCCUGCUCCACCUGGAGCACGUCAACGGCAAGCUGUCCAAGCUCACCCCCGUCCAGGCCGAGUACCUGGGUCUGGAGGUCACCGGACCUUUCAAGGCCGACCAGUAA